AUGAAAACUCUGAGAUGGUCGGGCAGAGGCCGCAAAUCGUCCUCAGCCACGUCAGACAACGCACAAAAUGAGAGCCCGAGAGAAGCUUCUGCUGCAGGCCUCAGAAAAGACAAUUACGCCUCAAACCAAUCGCCUUCGUCACAUUCACCAUCGAUCGUGAAACGGCCCACGGUCUUUGGAAAGACUAUAACGUCGUCGCCAUCGCUAUAUCUUUCAGAAAGUAGCAGCAAAUCGUCGCGGAGUAUUGUGUCCCACAGAGAACCAGAGGACAUCAAAAAUGAAGCCGCCGAUUACGCAGCAAGCUCGCACGAUGAUAGCUCGACAAUGGCCGAUGAGCCUUCCGUUUUAUCUUCCCAGUCGACUGCUGUCACUAUAAAGACACCGUCGACCGUGAGGACAGGUCCUUCACCAUCCUUGAACGGUGAGAAUUACGACAGCCAUACCUUCAAGAUUGGCUGGGUCAACAAGGCCGCAGCUUCUCCAACCGCAGGCAAUCGUGAGAGCAGAGUGUACGGCAAUGGUGCGUCGCUAGACCCACAACUCCAAGCAAAAAAGCUCAUAUCUUACAGAAUUCACAGAGCUGCACUUCGAGGUCCAGUGCUCAGCCUUUACAAAAGCGGAAUCGGUAACGUCAAGUAUUUUGAUCCCACUAUGCCACCGCCUUCCCAUUUGGCAGAUAAUUUGUAUUCAGACCCAGGUUACUCCCCUACUGCAGCUUCCCCUCAUCAGCAGAGCCUGAAUAUGAAUGAUAACAACAGCACGCAAGAAAGACAACAAAAAGACUUAGUUUACUUGAGUUCAGACUACCCACAUCCAAACCUGAAGCUCGACAAAGACGGACGACUGCUCUCAGGCUCUAAUGAAAGUAUUUGCCACAUGGUAUUAUUCUUCCCGCCUCUCAGCGACGAAGACACAAGAAAAAUAGUUGAUGUUCUUCUCAUUCUUCCUCUAAUUGACAGGUUUGGAACAAUUUUGUCUAUUUUUCAGCUCUUUGGCGUAACUUUUACCAGGCAUCGGGUUAAAUUGGUCAAUUCUGCCAGACAGCAUCACCAAAUUAGUGCCAAAGCUGAUUCUCUGAUGACAGAAAGGCUAGCACUGGUGGUAAAGGUUGUGUUGGAUGUUUUUUCUGGUUUCCUCUUGGACGAUAAGCUCUUUUCUCAAAUUGUCAACCUGGUCGACGUAAUAUCCCUUCACGAUGAUGAGAUAUCGACAAAUUUGAAAAUGGCUAUUGUUGAGCGACAGAACACCCUGAAUCAACUGUGUUCUUUCUCGAGGCAAAAAGUCAAUUUGACUGAAUUGAAGCAGCUUACAUCUGUUGAGAGCUUUUUGAAAAGUGACCUGGACGAAUUUGUCACAGGCGUUCAUCAAAUAAACUUGAAGUUCCUCAAGGAAUGGAGUCCGCAAAGAGAUUACUCUCUUCUUUAUGAGUCAAAUUACAAUGAAAAACAUAUUAGAAUGAACCCAACAAUCUUCAAAAACUCUGAGAAUGUUCACUAUCUUGGAAGACUCAUGAUAUCUCAUUUAUUCACAGAUCCUUCCGAGUACUCACCAAAGAAAACGGCUGAUAUUUUGGCCGCGUGGGUCCAGCUGGGUUGCAGAUUUGAAAAAAUAGGUGAUAUGGUGUCUUGGUUAGCAAUUGCCACUAUCAUUUGCUCAAUUCCUGUUCUACGACUUGUUUCGACGUGGCAAUAUGUGACAGAGCAAACACUCAGGGUCAUCUUUAAGGACUGGGUCCCGACUAUUGUGCAACUGGAUAGACGUAAGAUUGCUUCGAAAUCUAGCAAUAGCGUCUUCAUCCUGGCACCUCCAAAUUUGAACAGUGCAUCAACGAGAGAAAACGUUAUUCCAUAUUUCGGAGAUUUGUCAAUAACCGCGAGUGAUCUUCCACCAGACACAAAAUACAAGUAUCUCGAAAAGAAGAUACAUCGAACCAAAAACGCUUUUUUUAAAUGGCAGCAGCGCAUAGAACAAGCUAAACGAAAUGACAAGGAAGCACCUUCAAGUCCAACCCCUAGGUUGGACAAUUACGUCAAAUGUACGACAAAAAUCUAUCAAUUUUGGCGAUUUCAUCUAGAUCAAGAACCUAUGAACAUCGAUGAUAUCAUGAGCUUGAGUUUAGCAAUGGAACCGCCUCGCAUCGAUCAAAAGGAGUACUCAGCAACCAGUUCAAGAAGAAGUGCCUUGCUAACGGGAAGUUACCUUCCAAUGCUCUUCAAUCAAUUGUUACCAAACUACUCAUUGUUCCCCCGCGACUCUUUGAUUGGUGCAGCCGGAAUUGCCCCUAGCGGGGCACCUAGUGGCUCUCAAAGCACUAGCUUGCAGAAAUCAGCCAUCACCAGCCCAAUGAGCCCAGAGCAUGACCAAAGCGGAAUAACUGGUGUUGAGAAUAUCGAUGAACCUUUAACAAAAGAACUCUCAUCGAAGGUGUCCAACAAACAAAAGCUUCUCAAGCUGAUCAGAGAUGCGUUCAAUAUUGAUAUGGACAUGUUUCAUGUCUCAGAUGAUGUUGUCUUUAAGGCCGUUGAUGAUAUCGACGGUAGAUCUAGACCCGCAAGCGUCGUCAUCGAAACUCCCAAACGAUUGUCUCAGCACUCUUCGAUAAAUACAACUCGUGAUUCUCAGGACCUAGCACGACUAAGCUCCACGAUGGAAACACUAGACUUUUUCAGUACAAUGGGCAAGUCGUCUGGUUCCAUUAAUGAAUCACAUAUUCAAGUCGUGCUCAAAUCUGCCACGCUAGAAAAGCUUUUCGAUGUCCUGAUUUUGACCACUAGCGUUUUCUCGAGGGUGGUUGAUACUGACGACUUAGAAAAUUAUCUGUCACAUGAACGCCGGCGCCAAAGCAUCCGCGCUCAAACUCCGGAUCAUGCCUCCGUGGGUCCACUUGAUUUUGCCUUCAUUAGGCUGCUAAUGGACAAUGACGUUUUCACUGAAACCUUCUUCAACACCUAUAAAAGCUUUACAACUACCACGGUCGUUCUCGAAAACUUGGCUAAGCGGUUUAUUGGAGCCGUUAGCGGUGCUGUGUCCAUUUCUCGUAUCAUGAAUAAUGGGAGGCAAAAGUAUUCGGGUGGCGCUAGCUCAAAUAGGUUCUCGGGUUUUCUCGACGCUACGAACAGUAAUACCAAAUUUCCAGCAUGGGACCUAAAGAUCACAGAAGAUGAUGAAAUCAGUUUAGCUUAUGUUGCUAAAAUACAGAUUGGGGCCAUGGAGUCAUUUCUCCAUUUAGUUAGUCUGCAUUACUCGGACUUCACGGACUGCUUAACAAACAAUACGACUUUCCUUGAUAUUUUGAAAAUCAUGGACCAAGAGAUCAAUGAUGAAUGGACCAAAAGACUUGAUGCCUUUGCAAAAAGCAGAUACGGUCAGCCGGAUUUCAGAGAUGAAACAAGUGAAAUUGAAAACCUCCACGCCACUUUGAAAACUCUUUUCAAAAGGCUAAAGUCUGGCUAUCAAAAACAAUUAUACCGACCUUUAGGUAUCACUAAAGUGCAGAGGACAACAAGGGGUUAUCUUAAAGAAAUCAAGACCCUCGCCAUGCAAGACUUACUGGAAAAUUCAACUGAUAUCACUUCUCGAAACCGGUUUUUCAAGGAUUUCGAAAAAUUGGUAUAUGAUGAUUACAAUGGACUGUCAAAGUGGAUGUAUGAAUUAGAUGAGUUUAUCAGUGAUCGCAUGUCCCUUGUCUCUAAUCAAGACUGGGUGGAUGUCUCAGAAAUACUGGAACUAUUUUCAAACAGGUCGCUGGUUUCUCUUUAUCAGUAUCCCCUUCAUUCUAUUUCCCAGGCGAUUGUGCAGUCAGCUGGUUCUUACUUGGACGACCUGGAAGUUGUAAACGUUUUCACUUGGUUAACGACUUUAUCAACGGAGGAAGGCGAUCUCCUUUUUGACCAAUUCCCUGCUUCGGUUCAGCUAAUCGUCAAACUGCAUAGAUCUGUGUCAAACUACUUGAUAUUUCAAAUUUCCAACCCUCAACAGUCUGCGGAGAGCAGAACUAACACAUGCGCUGUCAUUUUGCAGCUUUUGAAUCUGACGCACUGGAAAAAUUCAUCCAUGGACCUAUUUCAUGAUGGAAAAAGCGACAGUUGCAGCACUGCAAUUUCUCCUCAUGUUCCGUCUUUUCUAGAAAGCUGUUUGUGCAAUGCUUUAAUUGCCCCAGAAUCGAGAUAUUUUGAAAUGUUCUGGAAGGAAGCCUAUGGAAAACUUUCGGGGUCCAAUGCAUCUGAAAUCAAAGAUAUAUCCGCUGCAUUGGAACAGACGGGUAGCCAAAUCAAGAAUUUUGUGGAAUUUGAUGAGUCUUUAGUCUCAAAAUCAAAAAAUUUGACACCUUGCCCUGGCUGGUUAAUAACUCGACUCCUGGAGAUUUCUCAGUUUGUUCCGAACAUGAGCAUUGAAAACUCAAGAAUGAUUAACUUUGAUAAGAGAAGGUUCGUGAACAACGUAAUCACAAAUUUCAGAGAAAUGCUUCCAUAUUCUUCAACUCAACAAGAAGAUCUAAGGAAUGAUGAAACUAUCUUUCAAGACAUCGUGGACGGCGGUAAAGUUUAUAGAAAAGUCGCCAAAGAAACCGCGGCAACGGAAGCAAGAGCCAGCAAAUAUCAAGCCGCGGGGCUCUUUAACAGUGUCAUCAUCGCAGAGGUUGAGAAAAUCAAACGCGAUCAAAAGAAAUUGACUCAACUCAACAUUCAGAACAACGACAGUAAGCGGAAGAACCUCCUCGAGCAAGCGGUGAAACACAGGAAUAGAUUGAGCACAUCUGCAUCGACACGGGAUAUUGGCAGUGAGCUUGUAUCUCGCGAACCAAGCUCUCCCGUUGAUCAUUCUCCUAUGAAGCGGAGCUCAUACGCACCUAGUCCAACUCAAAGAAGCUCCGUCAUUUCAAAUUCCUCUUCUCAUAGUAACGGUAGUAUGGGUAAGAAAUUGGGUGGCUUCUUCAAAAGGCCUUUUUCAAUUGGUGGCUUCUCCAGUUCUUCCUCUGCACACGGUUUGAAUGCCAUUUUGCUGAGCGGGGUCCAGCCAAAUGGUUCGAUAUCGCCUUACGAACUUCCCGACAUUACAUCAAGUGUGUUCAAGGAUAGUAAGCCAGUGUAUUCGAUCAGGACUUUUGAGAUUAAAUCUUGCAUCCCAGUAAACGGCAUCAACAAGCUCCCUCAUACCGACCACAGUCUCAAGAUCACAAUGGAGAAUGGAGCAGAGCAUAUUCUUCAAGCCACAAGUCAUCAUGACAUGAUGGAAUGGCUAAGAUUGAUAAAUUUAUCCAAGAGGUAUUCUUUCCAUUCUCAGGAAUACAAAGGUAAAACAUCAAACAAGAUUUUCGGGGUUCCAAUUGAAGACGUCUGUGAACGUGAAGGCAGUAUAAUACCUAAUAUUGUCGUCAAACUAUUGGAGGAAAUCGAGCUUCGCGGCCUUGAUGAAAUGGGUCUGUAUAGAGUUCCAGGAUCCGUGGGUAGUAUAAAUGCCUUGAAAGCAGCUUUUGAUGAAGAAGGCGCUGUGAGCAACACCUUCACAUUAGAAGAUGACAGAUGGUUUGAAAUCAACACCAUAGCUGGCUGUUUCAAGCUAUAUCUAAGAGAACUUCCAGAUUCACUGUUCACGAAACAAAAGCUAGGGGAUUUUGUUAUCCUUGCACUUCAGCACAAAGCUAACGAAAUAGACUAUGAACAAUUCAAGGAAGGAGUUCGUGAUGCGCUGAAGACUUUGCCCCUGUACAACUUCCAUAUGAUGAAAAGGACAUUUGAACACUUGAAUCGUGUGGAUCAACAUGUUGAAAAUAAUCGCAUGGACGCAACAAAUCUCGCCAUUGUCUUUUCGAUGAGUUUCCUCGAUCAAGAAGAUUUGGCCGCAAGUAUGGGACCAACCUUGGGUGCUCUACAAGCACUUUUGCAAUCAUUCAUUCGGAAACCAGAUGAUUUUUUUUAG